AUGUUUACCUGUGGAACAUGCUGGCGACAGUUUCCGGCCGGCUGGCAAUCGCGGGAGCAGCAUAUGAACGCCACUGGCCACGAGGCUCCAGCCUUUGAGUGUGACACAUGCAACCGCUACUUCGGUAGCCAGAAUGCAGUUGAACAGCACAUGAACGACUUGGAUCACUGGGACGAAUCGGACGAAUCGGAGGACAUCCUCUAUGAGUGUGAUCAUGGCGACGACGAGUUUGACGAAGAAUAUGAGCUACACAAUCAUGAAGCUCAGGACCACUUCUAUUGUGUUGUCUGCGCUCGUCCAUUCCAGGACUGGCAUGGUAUCAGCCAGCACUUGCGCGGUAAAGCUCAUCGCACAACCACAGUACAGUGUCCCUUUUGCAAGGAUGUGCAAGGAGCUGCCACCGGACUCGUCCAUCAUCUCGAGAGGGGAUGCUGCACUAAAGCUCCUCUCAACCGUGAUAAACUCUAUGCGGCCAUCCGUCAGCAGGACCCAGGCGGUAUUAUUUCGAACAAGCUACUUACUUGGUCUGGUACGGUAACCUAUGCCGCCACAAAGAAAGCAUGGAACGACCAGGCUGAGGCUUAUGAAUGCUAUCUUUGCCAUCGUCUCUUUGACAAGCUGCGGUCUUUGAAUCAACACUUAGGCUCCCCUACUCAUCAGUCAAAGCUCUAUCACUGCCCAGGAGCCUCUUGCAGAAAGGAUUUCACGACUCUAGCCGCCAUGGUCAACCAUCUGGAGAGCGAGAGUUGUGGUUAUAUGCGUUUUGACGUUGUUCAGAAAAGGGUUCAGUAUAUUGUAGAUCCACGUCGGCUGAUUUAA